ACUGUGCUGCUCUUGGUUUCAUAGAGCCCUGUUGGUCCAACUCCGGACAACUUGAUGAUAGCGGUUUUGGUGGGAGCCUGUUGCGUGUGGCAUGGGCACUGGGGAUUAUAUCUGUGUUACGGUGCACGGAGGCGCGCCCUGGGGCUUCAGUCUCCGCGAGGGAGAGGGGGAUGCCUACCGACGUUUGCAGGUUUAUCAGGUGGAAGAGGGCGGUCAUGCGUCCUUGGCCGGGAUCUGCGAGGGGGACGAGGUGGUGUCGCUGAAUGGAGAACCUUGCGGUGAGCUUUCCCUCCCAAAAGCAAAUGCUCUCAUUGACGCCUCCGUCAACUGCCUGCAACUACUGGUCAAAAGAUGGCGCACCCUAUCCCCUGAGGAUUUUAAUUCAGAGACCUACUUUGGCACAAGGGAGUCCUCUGGUGAGGCUUUGGAAAGCACCACCCUCCGCAUCCUGUCCCCUGGCAGGUCCCAACCACCCAGGGAGCUCUACAUCGCUGAUUCCCAGGACGAGGCCUACUAUGGGGAGACGGAGAGUGACACGGAGGCCCACGGAGGGAUCCAUCUAGUCCGCACCCAGCUCUGCGUACCUGCACCUGAGGAGUGCCAGUUCCGCAGAGGAGGGGACAAAGGUCGAGAGGGACGCCAGGGGGGGAGUUUCUCCCCUGGGGCAAUGGUGGAGCUACAGUUGUCCCUCGCCGAACACACCCUGGAGGAUCCCGUCUGCACCUCCCUGGGGAGUGCUCUUGGAAUAGAGGGGGAGAUUCAGGUGAGAGAGGCCCUCAAGAACGAGGCCCUCCUUCACACCACCACCCACUCGCUCUACGUCCCUGGCCCAGCUAGGGAGCCCCUGAGUCAUCAUGGAGUGGUGCUGAGCUCCCCCUCUCUGCUGGGCCAGGUGGAAGUCACCCUGCAGCACCCAGCAGCCGGGAGGGGCUCUCCUCGCCUGGUAGAGGGGGUGGUCGUCUAUGGGGCCAGUGCAAGUGUUGGUGGAGCCCCUGAGGAGGAAGGAGGAGGGCAAAGCCAGGGAGCUCCCGCCUCCUUCACCGUCUCCUUUGGAAUUCCCGCAGAGGGGGCGGAACCAGCAGAGGAGCGAGACUCAGAUUCAGAGAAGGACCUUGAGAAACCUAACAAGCACCGGGCCAAGCAUGCCAGGCUCAGGCGCAGUGAGAGCCUGUCAGACAAGCAGGUGAAGGAGGCCAAGUCUAAAUGUAAGCGCAUUGCUAUCCUUCUGAACGCUGAAGCUCCCAACCCCAACAACAAGGGGGUGUUGAUGUUCAAGAGGCAUCGACAGAGGGCCAAGAAGUACACACUUGUCAGCUACGGCACCGGUGAGAGUGAACCAGAGUACGAGGUCGACGACAGCGACGAGGAAGACUACGACGAAAAAGACGCCAGAGCGAUCAAAUUCACCCUCGUAGCCACCACCAGCGGAUCAGAGCUUGAGGAGGACUUUAUCACUAAUGCCCAGGGCGGUGGCAGAGUGCUAACCUUCGACUGGGACACAGGACUACUCGAGAUCGAGCGCAAGCUCAACUCCGGAGAGGAGAUGGAGCAACUGCCCAACACCACGGGAAAGGGGGCCACAAUGUUCGCCCAGCGCCGCCAGCGCAUGGAUGAGAUCGUUGGCGAACAUGACGAGAUGAGGCGCCAGGGGAUUCCUGUGGAGGGUGUACAGGAGGUGGAGAAGCAUGCGGCCUACCAGCAGAUGGAGGAGCACUCGUACAUGCAGGCCACCACAGAGAGGCAGGCCUACAUGAACUUUAGCGUGCACCAGAAGCAGCAGCAACAGUAUCAGAAGUACCAAGAGCAGCAGUACUAUGAGCAGCAGCAACAACAACAGUGUGAGCAGCAGCAAUACCAGCAGCAACAACAACAGUACGAGCAGCAGCAGUACCAUCAUCAACAUCAUCAACAGCAGCAGCACCACCAGCAGCAAGAGUACCAACAGCAGCAGCACAUUCAGCAGUACUCGUCUAACAUGAAUGGCAUGGCCAACCAUCAAACAAAUGAAAUGCAGAGUUCCGUGAGCAAUCAAACUGCCCAACCCUUCUCAUUACAAAACCGGAUGCCCACCCUGUUUUCUCCCCCAGUGAGUGGGAACAACCAAGAGAUGAUGGGUCAGGGGGAGCAGAUUGCCUCACGCGACGAGCGCAUUUCGAUGCCGGCAAUCAAGUCUGGGAUCUUGCAGGACACAAGGAACAGGUUCAAGGGCAAGCCAAUGUUCAAUUUCAAACAAGCACCCAAAGUGUCACCCAACCCCGAGCUUCUGAAUCUCCUCAACAGGAGUGACAAGAAGUUGGAUUUCGAGUCAUGCACGGAAGAGGACUACCUUAGCUUGGGAGCUGAGGCUUGCAACUUCCUCCAGUCACCAAGGGUCAAGCAUAAGACGCCUCCACCAGUCGCUCCCAAGCCCAUCAUUAACCCCAACUCUCCACCCUGGUCCCCUCAGCCUGAGCUGGCCAACCAGGAGUUGCCACUGCAUGCUGAAAAUAGCGUCCCUGCACCUGCUGCAGCCCCCAAGACUGAGUCCGCUCCAGAACUGGCCCCAGAGCCCUCCCCCCCUCUUGCCCCCCAGGAAGCUCCUGUUCCUGCCAAGCCCCCCUCUCCAGACAAACACACAUGGAGUCCCCCAGGGUCCCAGGCACAGCAGCAGCAGCCCCAGCAAGCGCCAGCUUGGGGAGGAAAUGGUCCUUCACCAACUCAGCCUCAUUCGCAACCCGAGCCUCAAGUGAGUUCCUGGGCUCCGUCACUAACACAGGCAUCACAGCAGCCACUUGUGAGUACUUGGCCACCUGCUGAAAUUAAGCACCAGGCUCCAGCUCCAAGUCAGUCCCCACCACAGCUCCCUUGGGUGACUCCCCAACCACCUCCUCCUCAGCCUCAGCCACCCAUGAAUUCUUGGGCUAUAGCGCCUGCCCAGUCACAACUCCAAUGGGUUCAACCUCAAGAACAAGCACAGCAACAGCCCCAGGCACCUUGGGCUCAAAAACCUCAGCCUCAGUCUCCAGAACAGGCUUGGCCCCAGGUCCAGCCUCAGCAACCUUGGGUGUCAUCACCUCAGCCUCCAAUGAAUGCAUGGACACCACCACAGAGCCAGGCCCAGCCACAACAGCCACCUUGGGCCCAACGAGCUCAACUCCAGCUCCAACAUCCAGCUCAGCCCCAACCCCCUAUGAAUGCAUGGGCCCCAGCACCUGCUCAGGCUCAGGUCCAGCCUCCAUGGGCCCAGCAACUUCAAGAGCAAGAACAGCCACACAUGAAUGCCUGGGCCCCAGAUCAGAAUCAAGCCCAGCCACAGCCACCUUGGGUCCAACCAUCUUCAACCCAAUCCCCACCCCAGCAAAACUGGCAACAACCACCUCCACAGCAGGCACCCUUACAGCCACCUAUGAAUGCAUGGGCCCCAGCUCAGGCACAGCCUCAGACACACACAAGUACCUGGGCCCCACAACCACAGCAAGCCCCACUGAAUACUCAGACCCGGAUGGACAGAGUGUGUCAACCUUCUCCGAAACCUUGGAAUGCUCCACAAAGUGCUCCCUGUUCUACUCCUACACCUCCCCCACAGCGAAUUAACUCUUACACACUUGGAGAAAGGUCAUCGUCACCCGUCAUCAAUCCAAUGGCCAGCGUUUUGGCACCAGUAGGAGGAAUGGGCUCGGCUUUGACGAUGCCGGCUGUUAGGGGGAAAGGAGCCGAUUUGUUCGCCAAGAGGCAGUCUCGUAUGGAGAAGUAUGUCGUGGAUUCGGACACUGUGCUGGCAGCCACUGCACAGGCAGCUCAGCAAGCCCAGGCAGCCACUGCGCAGGCAAACAAGGCAAGGCCCACGUCGCCCUCUCCCUCCGUACCUCAUCCGUGGAAAUAUUCACCCAAUUGCAGAGCUCCCCCUACAUCAAAUUACAACCCCAUACAGUCCCCUUCCUACCCACCAGGGGCCAUUAAGCAACCCCCUCCAUCUAGCCCUGCGGUUAAAGCAAAGAAAGGGAAAGGCAAACCUGCCUGCAAACCCCUUGCCGUUAUAGAUGUCAUGAAACAUCAGCCUUAUCAGCUCAAUGCCUCCCUCUUUACUUAUGGCCCAGCAGUGGAGGCUGCCGAGGCUGCCAAGGCCGCCGCACCAAAGCCUGCCCCAGUCCCUCCAAACCAAAACCAACCAAUAAGAUAUGAGCAAGCUGCCCCUGUCCAGCCGGCUGGACAAAUGAAUGCUCCCUAUCCACAGCAGCCCUACGGGAUUCCCCCUCAACCAUCCAUGCAUGAUAGUCCAUACCAUCCAGCCUCACCUAAUGCUUACCAGCCAUCUAACAAUAGCUACCAGCAGGUUCCUGUUGGCCCUUACCAACAUCCAUAUAAUCCCUCUUACAAACAAGCCCCUCCAGCCCCUUAUCAACCCCAGCAGCAAGCUCAAAACCCUUCUUACCAACCAGCCCAUAGCCCCCCCUACCAAGCAGCACCCCAAGCCCCAUAUCAGCCACUACCUCCCAGUACCUACGUGGUGCCCAGCUUUCCCAUAGCGGCAAAGUCUGAGUCCAUCUCUGGGGGCAGCACCGCUCCAAAGCCCAGGUUCAUGGCCAAAAAGAGUUCAGCCCAGGUGUGGAAGCCAGCAGCUGUGGGGAAAGAGUGAUUCUGAUAGCAUAAUUAAGUGAUCUUUGCUUAAAAGAACAUUAGAUCUAGUUACAACAUAUAGCACAGUACAUUCAUUUAAAUGCAAUAUAUUCCUAGAAAGCUUUUAAGAUGCCUUUUCAACAUUUUAUAGCCAACAUCUUUUUUUUAAUAAAUGAUAGAAUUUAAAAAAGGCCCGAUGCAGCUGUUUUGAUCUCAAUAUCAAAUCAUUUCUGUGUAAGAAUUAAGUACCUUACUGUUUUAUUUUUUAAUAAAAAAUGGUCAAAAACAAACUAAUUGCGUCUUAGCAAAGAGCAAUUUCUCAAGCAAGAAUUUUGCUAGGACUGUCUGGGAGUGGUCUAAGUGAGGGGCCUAAUUGAACAAGCCUAAUGGGAGGGUUACAUAACCUGAAAACUAGAUGUUAUUGGCAGAGAGGUUUGAAACUCUUUGUUAUUAUUAACUUAUACUGCCUGGUGAUGUCGGCAGGCAGGCCAAAACACCAUCCCACCAAAAUUUCAGGCUCUUACACUAAAAUUGUAAUAAUUUUCACAAUUCCCCAGUAUUAUUCCAACCUCAUACUGUUGAAAUAUAUAAAUAAAUAAAACACAGGAUAUUCACAUUUUUGACUGCACUGGGCCUUUAAUAUAUAAAGUUUGGAUGUAUUUUUCCACCUGCUAUGCAUUCACUCUUUACUCGUAUACAACUAUAUAAUAUCUUGGUUUUUCAAGCAAAGCUUUUCAAUGUUAGUUUCUUUGCAAUAUUGCAACGCACAAUACAUAGAAAAUUUAAUAUGAUAUUGGUAUAUCUUAAUUAUGUAAGCCCAAAAAUGAUAAAAUGUAGUUUUUCAGGAAAUCCACAAAAUGCAUUCAAUAGACUUAUGACGUGAAUCAGUGGAGCCUGUGAGCAGGCAUUGCCAGAAUGUGAGCGAGGAUAAUAGCCAGCAGGAAUUCAGAGUAACAGGUGAGAAAGUUAAAAUUGGGAAAGGAGAGAAGCUUGAAAGGGAAUUUAAGAAGAGGUUGGAGUACUAAGGCGGUGUGUGAGCCAGUGACAAGUUUGAUAAGAUCUUCUGCAAUAUCAACAGUGUAUUUGUUAGCUGUUAAGAUGUGCAAUAAUUUGUCAAAAUUGACCUUGAAUGAACGGAGAAAAUUAUAAGUAGCGACUAAGAGGAGGUUUAAGACAUCGAGAGCUUGGGACUAUAAGGCUCGAUCUGCAAAAAGACGAUUCUGAGAUAAUUGGCUGUACAGUUUCAAACCCUCAUUGGUUUGAAUGGUGUCAGCAAUUUAUUAUUUUAAGUGUAACAACAUGAAUUGGGGUAUUUAGAGUACUUUAUAGGUAGAGAACAUUGAACAGAACAAGACUGUCAAUAACUAAAUUUAGACAAAAAUGUAGAUAGAACCUUAUCGUCCCAAGCUCUCAACAUGGUUAGGGAGACCUGGAGUGGUCAGUGGAAACAUAUUUAGGGUCAGGUUUGAGAGCCGUCUGGCUUCAUUUGACAUGUGUUUUGUAAGUACAGUGACAUUACUUAGAUUUGGUGGAUAUAAUGUUCAUAUGCAAUAGUGAAUAGGAAACAUGGCUACUUCAUUUACCAAACAUUCAUAAAUUGCAUUGCAAAAAGGGAAUGUUUUGUAUUUUAUAAAUUGAAGUAUACAUAAAAGUCUAAUAUUUUUUUGUUAGGGUCCCGUCUCUUGGAGGUGGGAGGUGGAAUGUACUUGCACAAAUGUAAGAUGUAGAUCUCGUACAAUUUCAUUCAGUGUCUUCCAAAAGACCCUGCUUGAAUUGUUUUGGAUUCAUUUUUGAAAUAAUACAGUUAUUGCGUCAUGUUAGGUCCCUAAAUGUAAACUUUUCCAUGUCACAGAUUAUGUGUGUGCGUGAGUGAAAGCUGUUGGUUUGGGAGGAUUAGUGGGCUUGUAUUAUUUCACCAACAUGAAUGGCAGUCGCUCACUAGACCUCCAGCUAUUCUGUCUUUUCUCACUCUUCUAAUGUUUCUGUACACCUGCUUUGGUUUAACAUAAUGCCAAAAAAACAUUAUAAAAGGGAUAUUGAAAUAAGCACAGUUACAGAAAAACCACCCUGUCAUUUGAAUGGUAUACAUUUGUUAGAGUUGCUUUCUUUUGUUCUGUAUGUUGUUUCUUUUUCAUUUUCUUUUUCAUGGUGCACUUUCUGUACGAUUCAUGUCAGUGCCAUUAAAAUGCCUUUUAUCGUUA